GCCAGCCUGUCCCUCCCACAUUCCUGAAACCUGCCCAGCCCUGUCCCCCCUCGCCACCCCCACACACUCAUCCCACCUCAGCUCCAGGCCCAGCCGCAGCCCACACCCCAGCCCAGCCCCUAACUCAUGAGGGGGAGACCCAGGGGCCCAGAGAGAUGGAGACUGAGAGUGAUGGGCUGAGAGAGACACAGAGAGAGGCAGAGAGUGUGGGACUAAGAGAUGGAGACCCACACGCAGGGUGAGAGACACGCACGCAGAGAUGGCACCCAGGAUGGACGAGAGAGACAUUUAUCCUACGUCACCCUGCCAGGCCCUGCCCAGGGUGCUGGAGGCAAACGGAUGAGCCGGCCCUGGCCCUGCCCUGGAAGGGUGUUUGGUCUACUGGGGAAAGCAAGGACAGGUGUGGAGGCUGAGGUGCAUGGGUCUGUGCCCUCCCUGGUGGAGGUAAUGCGAGGGAAGUCAGCCACCCUGAACUGCACCGCGUUGGGGACGCACGACCAUUUCGCGCUGGAAUGGUUUCUGGCCGACCGCUCCGGGGCCCGCCACCGCCUGGCCUCGGCCGAGCUGCAGGGCUCUGAGCUCCAGGUCAGGAUGCACGACUCCCGGGGCCGCAGCCCCCCGUACCAGCUGGACUCCCAGGGGCGCCUGGUGCUGGCCGACGCCCAGGUGGGCGACGAGCGGGACUAUGUGUGCGUGGUGCAGGCGGGGGCAGCGGACACCGCCGAGGCCACCACCCAGCUCCGAGUGUUCGCAAAACCAGAGGCCACCGAGGUCUCCCCCAACAAAGGGAUUCUAUCUGUGAUGGAUGACUCUGCCCAGGAGAUCGCCACCUGCAACAGCCCCAACGGGAACCCGGCCCCCCAGAUCACGUGGUAUCGGAAUGGGCAGCUCCUGGAGGUGCCCCUGGAGGUGAACUCAGAGGGCUACAUGACCACCCGUACCGUGCGGGAGGCCUCGGGCCUGCUGUCCCUCACCAGCACCCUCUACCUGCGGCUCCGCAAGGCCGACCGGGACGCCAGCUUCCACUGCUCCGUGCGCCACCGCCUGCCCGCCGGCCGGCAGGGCCGCCUGGACAGCCCUGUCUUCCGCCUCACCCUGCACUAUCCCACGGAGCACGUGCAGUUCUGGGUGGGCAGCCCAGCCACCACGGAGGGCUGGGUCCGCGAGGGUGACUCUGUCCAGCUGUUCUGCCGGGGGGACGGCAGCCCCAGCCCGGAGUACACCUUCUUCCGCCUCCAGGCCGAGCAGGAGGACGUGCUGAAAACAGAUCUCCAGGGCAACUUGACCCUGGAGGGGGUGCAGCGGGCCCAGAGCGGGACCUACGGCUGCAGGGUGGAAGACUACGACGCCGCCGAGGACGCCGAGCUCUCGCAAACGCUGGAGCUGCGCGUGGCCUAUCUGGACCCCCUCGAGCUCAGCACUGGGGAGGAGCUUCUCGUAUUCCUGAACAGCAGCGCCGCCGUGAACUGCUCCGUCCAAGGCCUGCCCACCCCUGCCCUACGCUGGACCAAGGACUCCAUUCCGCUGGGGGAUGGCCCCACGCUCUCACUCAGCAAAAUCACCUUCGAUUCCGCUGGCACCUACUUGUGUGAGGCCUCCAUGCCCAGGGUCCCCCUCCUCAGCCGCACCCGGAGCUUCAAGCUGCUCGUCCAAGGGCGACCAGAGGUGAGGCCAGAGGAGACUCAGCCCCAGGGAGAGGGCAGCUGGAGGGAAGGAGACGAAGUCAGGUUGAUCUGCUUUGCCCGCGGCUACCCAGAGCCCAAACUCAGCUGGAGCCAGUUGGGCGGCAGUCCAGCAGAGCCGGCCCCUGGAGGGCAGGGCUGGGUGAGCAGCUCCCUGACCCUGAAGGUGACCAGUGCCCUGAGCCGAGACGGCGUCUCCUGUGAGGCCUCCAACGCCCACGGGAACGCUCGGCACGUCUUCCAUUUUGGUGCCGUGGCCCCCCAGACCGCCCAGGCCGGAGUGGCCGUCAUGGCUGUGGCCGUCAGCGUGGGCCUCCUGCUUCUCGUCGUUGCUGCCUUCUACUGCAUGAGACGCAAGGGCCGCUCCGGCUGCUGCCAGCGGGGGGAGAAGGGGGCUCCGCCGCCUGGGGAGCCAGAGCUGAGCCACUCAGGGUCUGAGCGGCCGGAGCAGACGGGCCUUCUCAUGAGAGGCGCCUCUGGGGGAGCCAGGCGCAGCAGCGGUGGCUUUGCAGAUGAGUGCUGAGCCUGAGAACCUCCGUGAGGCAGUCCCUGGACCUGACCUGGAGUUAGCCACGGGCAUCAGAGAACCAGCCCUGCUCACGCCCCCGCCUGCCCCGCCUGCCUGGCCUUCCUUCUUGGGCCCUCCCUUCCUUCCUCUGCAGGCUGGGCAGGGACCUACCGCGUGCUGGCUCCACUGCUGCUGAGAGGGAGGGGG